AUGACAGACUACCACUACCCUCAGUCGCCCACCAUGUCACAAGACAGACAUAUGGGCUCGUUGGCUGCGGCACUCAAGAUGAAGUUGGAAGAUCUACCACAGCUCAACAUGGCCAACCUCCACACACACCAGCAUAAACGCACGUCACUCGAUGUACCGAACUCAGCAUCAUCAUUACACUCGGCCUAUUCCUUCAGCUCGAGAGCCUCAGAAGACACCGAUGUCACAGAUCUCACCGUAACGCCAACGGCCCGGUCACGGUCCAGCACAUUUGCAAGCACAUUCGACAACUCAGAGGAACUCGCCUCGCCUAUGCAGCCCUCAGUACCGUGCAAACCACCCUUGAAAGUUGUCCUCGGCACCGCAUCACGACGGUGGAAGAUGCGUCGAAGUUUUGUGAAUCUGUUCCGGUCGAGAGGAUACUACGACAUCGAUACUGCCCGAGCCUACCCAGUCGGGCGAGGUGGCACUUGUGAAAAGCUUUUGGGUGAGGAUGAGCUGAGACUGUCAAAGUGGGCGAACGUCUCGACCAAAGUUUCGAGUUUCAUGCCGGGCUCACAUCGGGCUAAGAAUAUCGCCAUGAGCAUUGACCGGUCACUGGAUGCCCUGAACACCGACACCGUUGACAUCAUGUACCUCCACGCUCCGGACCGUGCCACCCCGUUCAAGGAGACCUGCGAGGCCAUGAACAAAGCAUACCUUGAAGGCAAGUUUGAACGGUUUGGUCUGUCCAACUACUCGGUGGAGGAGGUCGAGGAGAUCGUCCGCAUCUGCGAGGAGAACGGCUGGGUGAAGCCGUCGGUCUACCAAGGACAGUACAAUCCCAUCUGCCGAGGCGGCGAGGAGAGACUGUUUGCAGUUCUUCGGGAACACAACAUUGCUUUCUACGCCUACAGCCCCUCAGCCUGUGGGUUCUUCUCGAACAAGGUCUCCCGAGCGUCCACAAGGGACAAGAACAGUCGGUGGAAUAUUGCAUCGCCGCUUGGAGCCAAGUACGCUGGCGACUACUUCCAUGACCCCCUCUUCGCUGCCGCAGAGGUCGUUCGCCAACAAGCUCGGAAGUACGGCAUCUCUGGGCAUGCCGCCGCUCUACGAUGGACGACCUGGCAUUCCCAGCUGGGCGCCGAAUAUGGCGAUGCCAUCAUUAUCGGUGCUUCCAAGCUCUCGCAACUGAAAGAAAACAUGGAUAUCCUUGAACAAGGGCCUCUUCCCGAGCCACUCGUGGAGACCCUGGACGGGGUCUGGGACGAUGUGCGCGCUCUUGAGAAGGGCCCCCGCUUUUCCUUUGUCUAA